GUAGAGAGAGAGAGAGAGAGAGAGAGAGAGUGAAGAGGCUUGCUUCAGAGGGAAGAAGAAAAUCUUGAGGCCACAGCGCCAACAGCGGACAGCGGAAGGCGACGACCUCGACGGACCUCGGAAUCGCCCCCUCAUUCUCCCGGCGGAAGGCGGAGGCGCGGAGGAGGGAGGGAGGGAGGGAGAGCGGUGUGAAUGCGAGGGCACUCGCGGCGCCCGCCGUCGUCGUCGCCGCCGCCGGCCGAUCCGCCGCCGCCCGCUCCCCGAUCUGCUCGCCGGUCCCGCCGCUAGAUCCGCGCGCGUCGUCCGGCCGUUCCCCCCCGCCGCGGAUUCCCGGCAUUGCGGGUCGCGAUUCGCGGGGCCCCCAAUUGAGCUCGGGCGUCGGCGCCCACGAAGAGGACUCCACCCUUUGACUCGGGGAGAAUUUCCGGUGAAUUUUUUCGGGCGAGCGGGAAAUGCCGCCUUCUCCGGCGUUGAGAUGCUCUCCGGGGAGAGAAAUGAGGGCGGAGAGUCACAAGCGUGGCCGCAGCCUCGAAGGCGGGCUGCUCUUCAGAGAGAAGGACGACGAUCUUGCUCUGUUUAAGGAAAUGCAGACGCGGGAAAGGGAUAAUUUCCUGCUCCAGUCGGACGACGAUAUUGAAGAUGUGUUUUCUACGAAACUCAAGCACUUCUCUGACUUUAAACUUGGGAUCUCCAUUCCUGCUAGAGGAGAGAGUAGCGACCUUCUCAAUGCCGAUGGAGAGAAAAAUGACUAUGAAUGGUUGAUAACUCCUCCUGAUACCCCGCUCUUUCCAUCUUUGGAUGACGAGACACCGCCAGCCAAUGUUGUACCUAGAGGACGUCCCCGGAGUCAACCCAUUUCCAUAUCAAGGUCAUCCACGAUGGAGAAGAGUUAUCGGAGCAGCAGAGGUAGCGCAAGUCCAAGUCGUUCGAGCCCAUCUCCACGCUCCGGUAACAGCGCUGCCCAGUCAAGGGGAAGGCCAUCAUCGGCUCGUCAUGCCAGUCCGACUCCUAGCCUGCGGAAUGCCACUCCUCCACAGAGGCCAUCUACUCCACCAAGCAAAACCUCUACGUCUGCUCCAAGGUCUUCCACCCCUACUAGCAGGAGGAUCAGCGGUGGGUUUAGUACUACUGGUGGUUCAGGGGUUAGAGGAACAUCCCCUGUAAAGACAAGUCGAGGAAACUCUGCUUCGCCCAAAAUAAAGGCAUGGCAAGCCAACAUUCCUGGUUUCUCUACUGAAGUGCCUCCCAAUCUGCGCACUUCCUUGGCUGACCGGCCCGCCUCAUAUGUGAGGGGUAGUUCUCCAGCAUCUAGAAAUAGUCGGCAAUCAGUUUCUCCAACUGCUUCAAGAAGUGUGGCGUCAUCUUAUAGCCAUGACCGAGAUCACUUCAGCUCACAUAGCAAAGGUUCUGUGGCAUCAUCUGGUGAUGAUGAUAUGGACUCUCUCCAGUCGAUUCAAGUGGGAAGUCUGGACCGAUCAACUUUAAGUAAAGUUGGUGCCUCUCCCAAUAGAAGAUCUUUGGUCUCUCCCAGGAAAAAAGUUGUCUCUUCGGUUUCGGCUCCAAAGAAGUCCUUUGAUUCGGCUUUAAGACAAAUGGAUCAUCGGAAAGCCCCUCAGAAUAUGUUUAGGCCCCUCCUGUCAAGUGUACCAAGUAGUACAUUCUAUGUUGGAAAAGCAGGCUCUAUGCAUCAUUCUAUGGUAUCUAGAAACUCUCCAGUGACAACAAGCAGCAAUGCCAGUUCUGACCAUGGCACUGGACCUGUACUUGACACUGAAGGGACUGACCAGAUUCGUGAUGAUAUGACCUGUGAAUCGGGCGGAGGAAUAUAUGCUACUGUUGAUGAAGAAAUUUUUGAAUUUGACAGGGGUGACACUGCUAAUGAAGACACGGGCAGUGAAAUUUAUGCUGCACAUCAAUCACUUAAUAUCCCAGUCAGCGAUUUUGAUGUUGUCACUAUUGUUGAGAGUGGCCAUCCCAAUGCUGAAGAUAGCUGCCAAGACAGUGCUAUCGAGAAUGUAACUGCAGCUUCUGAAGUUGAUGGUUUUAGAGAUUUGGUGCCGUGCUCUAUAUGUGGUUGCCGGUACGAUGCCUCCGAACUGGUGGAAAAUGAAGAGAAUCUGUGUCCCAAAUGCAGAAAGAAAGAAACUAUUUUUCUGGAAGCUGACAUGGUUGUUGCAGAGGACUUCACACUAACACCCAUAGAUACUCCAGAUAAACAUAAGAAUUCGGGUCAAGUGAAAUUGCCAAUGGCUGAGUGCGAGUUGCAGGAAGUAAUAGAUGUGGAUGAACCAACAGUUUUGUUAGGAGAGGAAAUUGUUCACCAGAGUGAAUCUUUCUCAAAGGAACAAAGCCAGGUCCAUCUACUAGAAAAAUCUUGUCCAGAGCACCUGAUUGCAGGAGAUAAUGAGGGAUUCAGCGAUGGGCGAGAAUUUAUUGCACCAAGAGUUAGUUCAAGUCCAUCACAUGCAGAUGUGACAAAUCAAGAGUUGCAACUGUAUAUAGAUCAUAACAAGAAUGACGUUACUGAAGGUGCGGGAAUUUCUUUGUUGCUUAAGAGAUCGAGCAGUAGCAAGGGGCGUGUCAUUCAGGGUAGGACAUAUACUGUUUCUACAAUUCCUCGAGAUGAUCUAUCUUAUGCAAGAGAUAGCACAACCAGCUUGAGAAGCUCUUAUGGCCGGGAAAGUGUUUCUGGAUCAUCUUCUGUUGAUUUUAGCUCUUCUAGACAAACAGAUGUUCACAUGCAUCGGCAGUUAAGUGGCCUCAGAUCUGAGAGUGAGAAUUCCAAGUAUGACAUUAAAACUCAAAGCAUCGGAUCGUCAUUUUCGGGGUUGUCAAACCAUGCUUCCCAAGGUUUUGGUCUGGAAGCAAGCAUGCAUGACUCUUCUGAGGAUCAUGUUGGCAAUGAGGAUACUGAUGCAGAAGAAUCAAUUUUAGCUUCUCUAGAGAGAAUGCAUGCUUUGGAGACAACGGAUGCUGUUCAUACAUCCACAAUGUCCACCUCUUAUGGGGAAGAUACUUUUGAAUCUAAUGAGGGCAGUACAGCCCUGAAUGCUUCUACCACAGAUUUGUCAAGUCAUGCAAUUGGAAUGGGACUUGAGGGCAGUACAGUAGCGUCUUCUAAUGUCGCAGACACUAUUUCACUUCAUAACGGGGCAGUUCCCCAAGACGACUUAAGGGUUGUUACUGAUAUGGAGGCAUCAGCUGUUGCUGCUCUAGUGCCUUCUGCAGGAGAGGGAAGUGGUUUGCUGAGCCCUGGCGCCAGUGCUUUAGAAUGUUCAGAUGUUCCGGCUGACCGGUCCCUAGUCAUAUCAUCUGAAAUGGAAACUAUAGAUGGUCAAAGUAGGACUCUUUCAGAGUCUGAACAUAAAUUAGAGAGUAAAUCUCCAGGGACUUUAGAUACAGAAAUGGAUGCUUCAGCUCCAGAAGCCAAGACCUCUGACCAUGGGCAUGGCAUAUUAGAGGAAUCAACCGUUACAGUGGAGGCACGACCUGGAAGAAGAGGAAGAAGCCUUACCCUUGAUGAAGCAACGGAUACAAUACUUUUCUGCAGUUCCAUCGUUCAUGAUUUGGCAUAUAAAGCUGCAACUAUUGCGAUGGAGAAAGAACCUGCUGUUCCACUGGAAGGCUCGCAUCCUACCGUAACCAUAUUGGGGAAAUCCACCACUGAAACGAGGGAUCCACGCAGAGGCAGAAUUGUAAGUAAACGCAGUUUGAAAUCCCAGAAGGCGAGGCAGAGGCAGGUAGAAACCGAGAAGAACCUCCCAUCCAGCAAGACUGAGAACGACGAGAACAUUGACGAGUCCUUGAUGCGUAAUAUCGGGAUCCCAAACAAGUUGGACGGUGUAAAGCCGCCGAAGCUCGAAUCCAAGUGCAAUUGCAUAAUAAUGUGAAGAAGGUACACAUCCUGAGUGCUCCCGUGAAACCGGGUUGCAACCUGGCUUGAGGGUCUUGUAAUUCGAAAGGCAUUGGCUCUUUAAGUUAGUACACGUUUAGCUCCUGUUUAUUCCAAUUUAUUGGCAGCGACCACUGUAUUUGUGUUGGGUUCCAGAUUUGUAAAUUUUUGUUUAGUAUGGUUAGGCUGAUGGUAGUGUAGUGAGGGGCAUGUCUGUUUGAGUGUAACCCCACAUUCUUGUAUUUUGUCAAUCUGUCUUAAAUCCUCAAUUCGAGAGCAGUGUGAUUUAUGAAUUCAAAGCAAAGUCAACAUUCAUUCAAUUA